UCUGCCUCCGGAGUGCUGGGAUUAAAGGCAUAGGACACAACUGCCUGGCCAUCAUCAUUGAGACAGGGUCUCAGUUGUUUAGUACUGGCUACCCUGUAACUUGAUAGCCUUCAACUCACGGACACCCUCCUGGCUCUGCUUCUGAGCACUGGAAUUUAAAGGUGUAUGCCACUGUGCCAGUCCUGGCUGUUCGUUUUUGCAGUCAUGGCUGCCACAUUGGUCUCCGAGAGUUUGCAGAGGUGGCACUGCCUAAGCUCCUUUGUCGGACCUGGGGACUUUUUACUGUGUAACCCGGGUUGGCCUCACAGUCAGGCCCUGCUUCUGUAGUGCAAGCACCCUGCUGACCACACCCUGCCCCAAGCCUGGGAAUGUGCUCCAUCCUACCACAUCCUUUAUAAAUGAAGAAACUAAAGUUCAGAGAAGAUGAGUCACCUUCUCAAAGCUGCACAGCUCCUGUGUGAACUAUGAACCUGGGCUCCUUCAUGCACACACACACACCCCAUCCCCCACCCUCCUGUUUCUCCUGGUAGCCUGCCAGCCCUUUCCAGGAUACUUUCCUGGUGUUCCUCCUGUCUACCCUCCACCAUCCUUCUUCCAGAGAAGAGGCCAACCGGAAGGCAGUUCAUGUUAGGAAGUUCCAGCCACGUGAGCAAGCAGGAGCCAAGGAUUCUGAGCAGCCGGUGGCUUUAGGAGAAACUGAAACUGGGUGUGCUGGGGGCGGAGUGGUCACUGGGGAUUUAAAGAGCCACCACUUCCUUGGGCCUCCAGAGGGCAUUGGGAGGGCAAAGCUGCUGAGGGGACACGCACAACCGACUGAACAUCUGCUCCCCCUGCCUAAGCCAUGCAACUCUGUGGGAGUGGUGCGCUGCUGCCUGGGACAGACCCCGAGGAGUGUCAGAAGCAGCUGAAGAAGAAGCAGAAGAACCGGCUGGCUGCCCAGCGCAGCCGGCAGAAGCACACUGACAAGGCAGAUGCUCUGCACCAGCACGAGUCCUUGGAGAAGCACAACCACGCCCUUCGGAAGGAGAUCCAGGUCUUGCAGGCUGAGCUGGCACGUUGGGGCCGGACGCUGCAUCUGCAUGAGCGCCUGUGCCGAGUGGACUGUGGCUCCUCCCCUGCUCUGCUGCCCUCUGGAUGCCCAGUCCAGGCUGAGCAACUCUCAGGACAACCUGCCUCCCAUGGAUACCGUGGUUGCCAGGAACAGUUGGGCCUGUUCCAGACUCCUGGCUCCUCUCCCCCAGCCCAGCAACUCUCCCCAGGUCCAUGCUUACAGGAGGCUCCCGGCCUCCUCCCUUCCCCACUGCCCUCACUGACCUUUGACCCUCUCAUGGCGAGGGCUCCUCUAGCCCAGCUAUCCCCCAGCCAUGUACUGUCUGCAUCACCCCGUGGCUCCAGCCUGCUGGGGUCUUCCUCUAAGUUUGCCGCUCUCAUGCCCAGCCCCCCAGACCAGCUGGUCCCGCCACAGCCCCUCAGGCUGGAACAUCCCACCAGCAGGAGUCUGGCAUCCUCCUCCAGCACUCCAACUGCUCCCGGACCAGAGUGUCCACAGAACAUAGAACGCUUGCCCGCACUGUCUAGCUCCUUGGCAGAUUGGCAGAAGAUGUCUGUGGACCCAAGCCCACACCCCCUCAUGGCCUUCCCGCUGCUCUCUUCCGCAAAAGUCCAUUACUAGCCUGUAUCUCGAGCUGGGCUGCCUUCCCUGGGCUCCUGAAACAGCCUCAGCACCCAGGCAGCUCCUCCACUUCUGCCUACCCGUGUGGACCAAGCAAAGCCAUCCUCUCCCUCACCAGAGGCUCCAGGAAAAGACGAUGAAAGGGCCAAAUGCAAGAGCCUUGAACCUGGCUGCAAUAUUACCUGUUUUCCUUGGUGGCUCUCCCAGCCCUGCACAGUACCAGGUCCCGUGACCCUCAGGCUUCCCUAAAGUGGCUCCUUCAUGACUCUUGGGACCUGGCCGUGACAGCUCGGAGCUUAGGUGGGAGCUCUGCAGGGUUAUCAUCUCUGAAGGGCCAUCAUUCACUCUCAGUACUCCAAAAGGCCUCAAGCUUGGAAGGUUUUUCACACAUGGAACUGAGUGGGGAGGUGUAUCGGAAGUGGACUCACUCCUGGGUCAGAACACGCAUCUCGGUGCGUGUGUUGCUGAGAAAAAGUGCUUCUCAGGCCUCUGUUUUUCUGAGUUGUUGAAACUGGAUACACUCUGUUGAUUAUAUAUUUUAUAUAAAUAUAUAUUA